AUGGCCGAGGUCAAGACACGUGAAACCAAACCAGACUACAGGUGUCUGCUUUGCCUGGCAGUCUGUAACGUACCCCGUCAGCUGCCAUGCUUUCAUGUAUUUUGCACAGAUUGUCUUAAUACUUACAUUCAUAAGGAACACGUGAUCGCUGACAACAGACGGUACGUGCCAUGUCCCGUAUGUGAAAAUCCGUGUUGUCCUCCAAACCCCGAGGCUCCAGUCAGUUCCUGGGCGUCUCGUCUCCCCGAGGCUCCAGUCAGUUCCUGGGCGUCUCGUCUCCCCGAGGCUCCAGUCAGUUCCUGGGCCGUCUCGUCUCCCCGAGGCUCCAGUCAGUUCCUGGGCGUCUCGUCUCCCCGAGGCUCCAGUCAGUUCCUGGGCGUCUCGUCUCCCCGAAGUCCGGUGUGUACAUCUCAGAAUGACACAGGGACAGGAGAACCUUUCUGUCAUUGCUGUCUCACAGAUGACGAAAAGAACCUCGCACAGUUCUGGUGUUGUAAUUGUAUGGAAGCCCUAUGCAAGCAAUGCAUAGUUUUACACAGAAAAAACCGAUUCCUUUCCCAACACAAGGUUGUUGAGAUAGGUGUGAUUAAAGGGACCAGAGGUUUGGACUUACAUCUAGACAUUAAGGAAACUUGUUCCCAACACAACGGAAAGAUAUUGGAAUUGUAUUGUCUUGACCACAACUCCCUCUGUUGUGUUUUGUGUGCGACAUUGUCACACAGAGCGUGCAAGCACGUGAGGAGUCUUGACGACGUAGCGAAAAACAUUACGCAGGGACACCUCAAAGACGAGCUUGACAAGAUGACGGAUAAAACCAAGAGUAUCGUGGCCGAGGACGAAAACAAAUUGAACUCUCUCGACUCCAACUUUCAGACCAUGACCAGUAAUAUGACAACAGUGAUACAAAAAGCGAAAAAUAAACUGGAUGAUCUGCACGCGCGUUUCAAAGGCAACCUCGAACAAACCUACAAACGUGAUAAAAAUAGUUUAUCGAAACUCUUGCGUACCAACCAGGAAUUUGAAGCAAAUUUGCGAAACACUUGUCAAUUAUUGACGCUGAUAAAUGAACAAGGAUCCGACCGUCAAAAACUCAUUGUUGAAGAACAAUCUAAAACACAGCUCACGCGACACUUUCGAAGAUUCCAGCAGCAAACCAGAGGUAGACACAACACUUUCGACAUAAAAAUAAACUAUAACGAAACACUGGAAAAUAUCAACUCGAUGACAUCUGUGGGGUGUUUGGAAGUGUCGUCUUCCGUGUCAUCGUCGUCACAAGACACACUCACUUCUAUUGGGACGAUGAUUGACACACUUCAGACCAUACCGUCGUUAUCCUCGUCCUCGUCCUCGUCCUCGUCUGAUUUGGUCGGCACUGUAAAAAGGACGACAGUUCAGCCUUCGCCAGGAACGCAGCGCAUCAACGCUUGGACUGGGUGUCUGUCUCUGGUCAAGUCAGUACAAGGCAAUACACUUGGUGGAGAAAUGAAGGAUAAGUUUACCGGUGGAGUGUUUGUUGAGGGGGAAGGUCUCCUUAUUGCAGAUUGCUAUAACGAUAGACUUCUACUGUUUGAUGAUAACUAUAACGAUGUCACACACUAUGACUUGGAUGACGCUCCUUCUGACAUGGCACAUGGUUAUACAGCUGGUGAGGUGUUGGUGUCAUUUUACACCACAAAAACAAUCUUGAGGUAUACACUACAUGACGGUGUCCUGAACAUGGUCGACAAGAUCAGUACCUCGACGGCUAUAUGCAGCUUAGCUGUUUUCGGGGACAACAUCAUAGUCGGGUCUUUCGGUUUAAUACAGGUUAUAACGAUAAACGGACAACAAGUUAAGUGUAUGAAGACCCAUGGCGGUGAUACAUGUAUCGCCGUAUCACGACGGGGAGAUGUCUAUUACAGGGAUAAUGACGUCAUUGUGUGCCAGUCAUUUGGAAAGGAAGAGAUGUUUCGACACUCGUAUCAGGGUAUGAGAGAAGUACGUGGCAUUGAUGUAGAUCAGGACGGUAACGUGUAUAUAGGUUGCAGUGACUCCGGGAACGUCCAUCUGGUGUCUGCAGACGGAUCCAAGAGCAGGGUACUUCUUCCAAAAUUAUCCGGCAUCACCAAACCAUUGGCCGUCAUUGUCAAUCCCACCAAACAAGAGAUCGUUGUAACUUCAGAUGCAGAAGAGGCGGCGUUCGAAGUGUAUAAGUUCUGCGAUCAGUGA